AUGGAACAUCUUCGACAGACCUUUGUCCAAUGCCAGAAGGAAGGCCGCCCGGCACUGGUCACCUAUGUGACGGCCGGCUUUCCUCGUGUGGAGGAAACCAGGGACAUUUUGCUGGGAAUGCAGGCCGGAGGAGCGGAUAUUAUCGAACUUGGCCUACCUUUCACCGAUCCCAUUGCAGAUGGCCCGACCAUUCAAAAAUCCAAUUUGAAAGCGCUAGAAAAUGGCGUUACCAUCUCGUCGAUGUUGGAAAUGGUCCGCGAUGCCCGCCACCAUGGACUUAAAACACCGGUUCUCUUCAUGGGCUACUAUAACCCGAUCUUGCGCUACGGGGAAUCCAAACUCCUCGCAGAUUGCAAAGAGGUGGGAGUCAAUGGCUUCAUCAUCGUCGAUCUCCCUCUGAAGGAAGCAAUUCAAUUCCGCGAGGACUGUACGAAAACAGGUCUCUCCUACGUCCCCUUGAUCGCACCGUCUACCACGGAAGACCGUAUGAAGACGCUCUGUCAGAUGGCCGACUCCUUUAUCUACCUCGUUUCUCGCAUGGGCGUGACCGGUGCUACUGGAUCUCUCAGCACUGAGCUCCCUACUCUUAUCAAGCGCGUUAAGGAGCUCUCAGGCAAUGUCCCUGUGGCAGUUGGCUUCGGUAUUAGUACUCGUGAGCAUUUCCUGAGCGUGACCUCUAUCGCCGAUGGCGCCGUUAUUGGCAGUCAAGUGAUUACGGUCCUAAGUGACGCCCCGGCUGGCCAAGCCGCUCAAGUCAUUGAGGACUAUUGCUCGCGGAUCACGGAGAGAAAGGUCGCUCGGCAUGCAUUAGUCACUACAGCUCCUCACGCGCCCGAGACAUGUGCACCCAGCUUUGCUGUCGAGUUAGCUACUACUACUGAUAACUCCGGCCGGUUUGGUACUUUUGGUGGUCAGUAUGCCCCGGAGGCCUUGAUCACUUGUCUUGAUGAAUUGAAUGCCAGCUUCCAAACUGCACUCAACGAUCCGACUUUCUGGGCUGAGUUCAAAUCAUACUAUCCAUACAUGGGUCGUCCAUCCAGCUUGCAUCUAGCUCAGCGGCUGACCGAGCACGCUGGCGGAGCGAACAUCUGGCUUAAGCGAGAGGACUUGAAUCACACGGGAUCCCACAAGAUCAAUAAUGCCUUGGGUCAAAUCCUCCUUGCUCGUCGACUUGGUAAAACGGAGAUUAUUGCCGAGACGGGAGCAGGCCAGCAUGGCGUUGCCACCGCCACCGUCUGCGCUAAAUUCGGCAUGAAAUGUACCAUUUAUAUGGGUGCGGAGGAUGUGCGUCGACAGGCAUUGAAUGUCUUCCGGAUUCGCUUGUUGGGUGCAACCGUUAUCCCCGUCGAAUCGGGAUCGCGUACCCUCCGGGAUGCAGUCAACGAGGCUUUCCGCGCGUGGAUUGUUCGCCUGGACACUACGCAUUAUAUUAUUGGCUCGGCGAUUGGACCUCAUCCCUUCCCGACUAUUGUUCGCACGUUCCAGUGUGUGAUCGGAGAGGAAACCAAGAGCCAGCUACGAGACCUAGGCAAGAGCCCCGACGCCGUGGUUGCUUGUGUAGGAGGUGGCUCGAAUGCGACGGGAAUGUUCUAUCCCUUCUCUGAUGAUCCCUCUGUUCAGCUAGUUGGUGUGGAAGCUAGUGGAGAUGGCCUAGACACGGCGCGACAUUCAGCCACGCUAAGUGGCGGCUCUGUGGGAGUCCUGCACGGUGUUCGGACAUAUAUUCUACAGGAUGAACAUGGCCAGAUCUCCAACACUCAUUCCGUUUCCGCAGGACUCGACUACCCGGGUGUCGGACCGGAGCUAGCGCAUUGGAAGGAGAGCAACCGGGCGACAUUCCUGUCGGCCACUGAUGCACAGGCUUUCCAGGGCUUCCGAUUAUUAAGUCAACUUGAAGGUAUUAUACCCGCAUUGGAGACCUCUCACGCGGUGUGGGGUGCUAUCGAGACUGCUAAGAAGCUGGGACCUGAGAAGGAUAUCGUGGUGUGCUUGAGUGGUCGUGGAGAUAAAGACGUGCAAACUGUAGCCGAUGAGUUACCUAAUAUUGGGCCUCAGAUCGGCUGGGAUUUGCGGUUCUGA